AUGUCUUGGGCAGGCUUCAAGAAGAAUGUCAACCGCGCGACGACGCAGGUUAUGAUGAAGACUGGACACGUCGAGAAAACGAACGAUCGAGACUACGAGGUUGAGGAGAGACGGUUCAGGACCAUGGAAGCCGCAUCACUACGGCUACAAAAAGAGGCAAAGGGAUACCUAGACUCGCUCCGAGCAAUGACGGCCUCACAAAUGCGCAUCGCCGAGACGAUCGACGCAUUCUACGGAGACGCGGGCGCCAAAGACGGCGUCAGCCGGAGCUACAAGCAGGCCGUGGAGGAUCUGGACGCCGAGACGAUCAAGGAGCUCGACGGACCGUACCGGACGACCGUGCUGGAGCCCAUAUCGAGAUUCUGCGCAUAUUUCCCAGACGUCAACGAGUGCAUCAAGAAGCGCGGCCACAAGCUCCUCGACUACGACGCGCUGCGGGCAAAGGUCAAGAAGCUGGUGGAGAAGCCGGACAAGGACGUGACCAAGCUCCCGCGGGCGGAGAAAGAGAUGGAGAUGGCCAAGGCGGCGUACGAGCAGCUGAACGAGCAGCUGUGCGGCGAGCUGCCGCAGCUGCUCGACCUGCGCGUCCCCUACCUCGACCCCUCCUUCGAGGCCCUCGUCAAGAUCCAGCUCCGCUUCUGCGCCGAGGCCUACAGCCGCAUGGCCCAGGUCCAGCAGUACCUCGACGCCGACACCCGCGACCAGUACGCCCAGGGCGAGCUGGACAACAGGGUCGAGCAGGUGCUGCAGGAGAUACGCGAGCUGAGCAUCAGUGGGACGGUAUAA